GAGUCCCCUCCCAGAAAGGGGCCCAUCCCCAUCCGGCGUCACUAAUGGGUGACUCCGUCCAGAUUCUCCUUGUUUUCAUGGAUAAAGGUGCUGGAGAGUCUGGCAAGAGCACGAUUGUGAAGCAGAUGAGGAUCCUGCAUGUUAAUGGUUUUAAUGGAGAGGGCGGCGAAGAGGACCCGCAGGCUGCAAGGAGCAACAGCGAUGGUGAGAAGGCCACCAAAGUGCAGGACAUCAAAAACAACCUGAAGGAGGCCAUUGAAACCAUUGUGGCCGCCAUGAGCAACCUGGUACCUCCUGUGGAGCUGGCCAACCCUGAGAAUCAAUUCCGCGUCGACUACAUUCUGAGCGUGAUGAACGUGCCCAACUUUGACUUCCCACCUGAAUUCUAUGAGCAUGCCAAGGCUCUGUGGGAGGACAAGGGAGUGCGUGCCUGCUAUGAGCGCUCCAACGAGUACCAGCUGAUUGACUGUGCCCAGUACUUCCUGGACAAGAUUGACGUGAUCAAGCAGGCCGACUAUGUGCCAAGUGACCAGGACCUGCUUCGCUGCCGCGUCCUGACCUCUGGCAUCUUUGAGACCAAGUUCCAGGUGGACAAAGUCAACUUCCACAUGUUCGACGUGGGUGGCCAGCGCGAUGAACGCCGCAAGUGGAUCCAGUGCUUCAAUGACGUGACUGCCAUCAUCUUCGUGGUGGCCAGCAUGUUGGGCACUCUUCUCUUGUCACUGGAGUUGAGAAGUCUAGGCUUUCUGGAUUUUGGACUUGAGGACUUACAGCAGCGACUCUCCACAUCCCCAGACCGAGAGGAAGCGUUUCGCGCUCUCUGGUUCCAAAGCCGCCACACUACUUGUAUCAUGGGACUUCUUAGUCUCUGUGACUGUAUGUGUCAAUUGUCCUCAUAG